CGGUAUCAGGUUAACACAUCCUAGGUAUAUAUAACAGACAUAUUCGCUCCGUGUAAGAUAGUGAGGCACAAACACAAUUUUUAUCUGGUGACAAAAUGACAUAAAAAGGCAAGGUCAACUGGUAAAACGGGUGACACGCCAAGGAAACAGCAAACAAGAUGGUUGGGUUUUCUUUAAUCAUGAUUGUUUUACUGUCAACAAAGUUGAUACAGGCGACACCUCCCGGUAACAGGGACGACUUCCAGGACCAAGAGAUAACCGAAAUAAAGAAAGAUGAUGAUGUUACAGUCGGAGUUAAUCAAGUCACAGGCAGAGAUGUUACAGGAGUAUGGAAAACGAAUAGCUUCACUGGAAAAAGAAAACUAUGACCUUGUCAAACGCACAGAGAAAUUGCAAACCACUAAUGACGUAAUGGAAUCUAGACUAAGCUAUCUGGAGCAAGUGGACUUGGACACCCGCCCUGAGGAGGAUGUACACGUCACUACCGGGCAAUCGACAGAAGAGAUCGAAGAUCAGGAGAACGGUCAACUUCAGUCACAAGGACAUCAAGGUGAAGCUGUUCGCCAAGCUGACGGCAAACUACCGCGGAUACGGAGAGUACGUCAAGCUACCGGAAAUACUCUGACUGCUGUUGGAUUUUACUGUAGACUUCAGUCCCCGCACCAUUUGCUACUUGGACAACAUCAGACUAUUGACUUUGACGACGUUGUAACGAACGUCGAGAACGGAUACGACUCCCGACACGGACACUUCACGGCUCCUGUCGCUGGGCUGUACUCAUUCACCUCUAACGUUCUACUAACGUCUCAUAGUCGUUUAAUGUAUCUCGUCAUUGUUAAAAACGGAGUUAUUGUUGGACACUUGUAUUCAAAUUCCGGGUAUGAUCACGGUUCCAGGACGGUUGUGCUACUAUUAGCUAUAGGAGAUAUGGUGCGGGUUAGAAACAACAACAACAACAACAACAACUCGCCCUCCAUCCGGGGUGGUGGUUUUAGCACCUUCUCUGGAUUUCUCAUUACACCAUACAGCUAGGGCAGCUAGAUGUUACGUAUUUGAGUUGCUUCAUUCUGUUCCAACCAAUUACGAAUAUACUAAAUAAAAGCUCUUAAAAUUGAA